AUGUGAGGGGAUAACAUGGGAUGGACUGGAAGAAGGGUUAUUUACUUCUCUGUUUGUGUUGGACAGAAACCAGAGAAGGAUGAGUGGGGAAGCGGUGUGGAAGCUCUUGAAUGUGCCCUGCAGCUGGAGAAGAGCGUCAAUCACUCCCUCCUGGAGCUGCAUAAGCUGUCCUCGCAGCACAACGACCCUCAUAUGUGCGAUUUCAUUGAGACACACUACUUGGACGAGCAGGUGAAGUCCAUCAAAGAACUGGGCGACUGGGUGACCAACCUGCGCCGCAUGGGCGCCCCCCAGAACGGCAUGGCCGAGUACAUGUUCGACAAGCUCACACUUGGCAAAGAGAGCAGCUAAACACUCUGUCCAUCUUAUCAUUUGCGGAUUAGUUGUGCUGUAUAAGUGUUUAUUUGUUUUUUUCUUUGUAGCCCAUCAGACUCUAUAGUAUGUUGUUUAACUGACUGGUCAGUCUGUGUGUCCAGUUAUUUAAGCAGACAAACCUCUUAGCUUGUUUGACUCUGCAAUGCUUCGCUGUUUAAAGUCACACUUCUCAUUAGCCAUUGAACUCUAUAUAGCUCGUUCACAGUUUGACCUGCCUGCAUGCAAUGUGUGAUUUGUCAAUGAAACUGUGCUCCAAACCAAUAAAAUAGAAACCUCUGGGAUCUGAA